CAAAGGUAAUUUUUUGUUUUAUCUCAAUUUCAGCUCGAAAUGCUUCUGAGAGAGAAGUCAAAGGGUGGAUUUUAUGAACUGAGAAAGAGAUUCAAGGACAAUGAUCCAGAAGGCAAAGGCAAUGUGACAAGAGAGGCACUAGCUCGCAUUAUUGUCACCUUCCUGGGACGUCCCCUCAGCAACACACAAUUCUCCAGACUCCUCGAGAGAUUUGCUUUGGCAGACAAAACUGUGGUGUCCUUUACAGAAUUCUUUGCCAUCUUCCGUGAUGCGGCUUCCUCAGAAUAUCCUCGCUGGAUGGAUCCAGUCCAUAGACAUCACCAGGAAAAAGUGACCAUGAAUGCAGCCCAGGUUCAUGCACAGUUGAAAGAGAAAGCAAAACAAAGAUUCCUGGAUAUGGCAGAUUUGAUUCCCCAGAGCAAUCCUGGAGGCACAGGAAGGCUUCUGAAGCCAGAGUUCAGAAAUGCUCUCAACAAGAUGAUGUUCUUCAUGGACGAUGACGAGUUUGAAAAACUUUGGGAAAGGUAUGACACAGAAGGAUAUGGUACUAUUGAUGGAAAAAAGCUGAUGAAGAAAUUGGGGAUCGAUUUAGCAAAUGGCACAGCUGGCAAAACAAGCCCACGAUUAAGCCCUAUUCCAGAAGGUGGCAGAAGAUCAGGCAUGGCUAGAUCACCAAGGAAGAAGGAGGCUGAUCGUCAGAGGUCCCUGGGAAUUGAAAACUGGUUGAAAAACAAAUUUAGAGAGGGAUGCCAGAACAUGAGAGUGGCUUUUGAAACAUAUGAUGAGAAAAACACAGGAAUGGUCAGUGCAGAAAACUUCCUGACAGUGCUGAAUGAGUUUGGUUUGAAGCUUGAGAAGCCUCAUCUGGAGGAGUUUCUGGCCAGAGCAAACAUUGAGCUGCAGAAGCAAGGUGUAAAAUAUAGAGAAUUCCUUCACAGAUUCCAAGACCGCAGUGAGGCUGGCAUGCCACAUAAGAUACUUUCCAACCCAAAACACAGGUACAACAAAUCUCGUGCAGGAAGUGCAGGUGGCAAAUCAACAGUGAGUGCACUGGAGGCCCAAAUCAUGAACAUGUUCCAGACAGAUUUCCUGGCUCUUUUGGGGACAUUCCAUAAAAUUGACAGAAUGGGCACAGACCAAAUCUCACAGGAAGAGUUCAGAGCCGCCAUUGAAAGUCGCUUCAGCCUGAACAUGACAGAUUUGCAGUUCAAUAAUCUUAUAGAUAAAGUGCCUCUCUCUGAAGAUGGAUCUGUGAAAUAUGCUGAAUUUAUGUCACAGUUUGAUACAAGGGGUAAAGCUCCUAGCUUAUUUGAGAAAACUGCUGGAGAACCACAAAUGCCAAAACCCAAUACCAAGGUGGAUAGACUAGUGGUCCAGGAGCCCAUGGAUAUUGACUCAGAGGUAGAAUACAAGCACAGAACAAUACCACAGCUCCAGAAAAUGAUCAAAGAUCUGUUACAUAAUAGAUAUGCUGAAGUGGAAAAUGCCUUCUAUGAACUGGAUGAGUCCAACAAUCAGAGACUCUCCCAAGAGCUAUUCUAUCAGCUCAUGAAAAAAUUCAUAGAGCCAGAGAUCACAAGGGGAGAGAUCAGAGAGUUAUGGAAGACAUUCAUUCUCAACACACGUAAAACCCUGGAUUACCUGGAGUUUGUCCGCCAUUUUGGUUACAACGCUAAAGAUGCCUCCUUCCCCAAUGCCAAACUGUCUCCCCCCAAGAAGGGUGACUCUGAUUUCAUGAUGAGGUCACGGAAACUGAACUGUGCUGCUGAUAUGCUUCAAGAUAGCCUUCGUGCCAAGAUUGAUUACAUGUGGGAGGACUUGAGAAGAGAACUAGUGGAUAUGGAUCCUUAUGCUACCCAGUUUGUUACCAUUGACGAAUUCAGGGAAAUCCUGACCGAACUCUGUGUGCACCUUAGUGACUAUGAAUUGGAUAUGCUGUGCAAAAAGUUUGAGACCAAGAAAGAUGGAAGAAUCAACUAUGUAGAGUUCUUGAAGCCAUUUGCACUGAAAAAACAAGUAUGGCGCCACGGCAACAACAUGCUUUCCUUGCUCCAGCACCCUGCAGCAGAGCUUCCCAUUGCUGAUAUUGUAGAAAAUCCAGAGAAGGGACUCACAGGUCUCACAGCCAAGCUCAGACAAAAGUUGUCUGGUGAUUGGAAAAAUCUGCGUCGUACCUUCAAGAAACUAGAUGUCAACAACGAGGGCUACCUAUCAGUUCCCGAGUUCCGAUCUGUCUUAAAGCUGGCCAAUGUGGUCUUAGAUGAGGAAGAGGUGUAUCAAGUGAUGCAGAAGUUUGAUGAGAACAUGAGUGGGAAGAUUCCAUAUAACAAAUUCCUCAGUGAGACAUUUAAGCAAUCUCCUCAAAAGGCUGUCUAAAACGUCCCAAUUAAUUGCCUUUUUUUGUUAGCUUAGGUAUCUGUAAGCAUUGCCAUAAAGGAAAGAUUUGGUUCUGGCAUUUUUGUCCAAGUUAUGGAUUAAUAUUUUUUACUAUGAUAUAUCAAAUAAAACCACAAAGCAUAUAGAAGUGAAGAGGGAAGAGAGAAAUGGCACAUGUAAAAGUUGGACAUAAAACAAAUGGUUUUUCAGAUAAGUUCAAUUUACUGCCAGUGGUAAUAAUUGGUCCUGACUGUAUUUUUUCAUAGUAUGACCAGGUUUUUUCCACACAAACUGGCCUCAGAUUUUGCUUUUUGUGGAUUGAAAAGAAUACUAAUGGAAGAAUACUAAUGGUUACCUUCAGUGAGGUGUGUUUAUGUAAACUUUUAAAUAAUUAAUGUCUUCUAUUUUCUACAUGGAAAAAAUGAUUGCAAUUAAAAAAUUUAAGGACAAUUUAACAGUUGGUAAUCAACAAAUUAUUUUAAUGAAUAUUGUUAUAUUGACAAUAAUUUCAAAGUUGAUUUCUAAUUAAGCAUAAUGAAAGCACAAUGAUUUUCAAAUAAUUGAAUGCAGCAUAAUAUUACUUUUGAUAAAA